AACAGUUUGAGCACURUGAAAAUGAUUGAUGUACGUACGCCACGACAGUCUAAAUUGAUAACUCCAAGGGGAGCUUUGCGUGCUUGAAAGAUGAAUCUUUUAUGAGCAACUUCCCAAUUGGAACCGCCGCACUUUUUGGCUUACUUUGACUCUCAGUCCAAAAACAACAGACAGCUGCUGDACGAAGCGCCCAUACGAAAAAGCAAUUCAUUUCCUUGUCGCCAUGAACAAUAUGACUAAUGAUUCAGCGUCGGGAUGCUCUUUCACUGACAAAGAAUCAGCGUCGACAAUACUAAAGAUGAUUGCCUACACCAGUAUUUCUCUUCUAAGUCUGGCUGGAAAUACACUUGUCUUGGCUGUCUUCCGCAAAAACCGCGAGCUGCGUUCCGUGGUGUUCUACUUCAUUGCCAACAUGGCAGUUUCAGAUUUGGUGCUGCCGUUAUUCGCUUUUCCUAGAGCAAUUGGUGAAAUAAUAAACGGACCAUUGACAUGGAUGCUUGAUGGAUCAAUAGGCUCUCUCUCAUGUAAAAUGGCAACUUUUUUACAAGACAUUUCCACUGCUGUAUCCAUCGAAAGUCUGGUUGUCAUAGCGCUGGAAAGGUUUGUUUCGGUGGUUCAUUCAGACAGAAAAAGUUUUCUCAGUUCUCAAAAGACCAGGCGAACGGUUCUUGUUUGUACAUGGGUUUUAGCCAUACUUUUACACUUACCUUAUCUAUUUGUAUUUGAAAUUGUUAAAGCUAACGGYAAACAAUUUUGUUUGCCAUUGUGGAGUAGUGAUCGACGAUGGAGAAUGACUAUACCAGUGAUAUAUUUUGUGUCAAUAUUUACAGUCUUGUAUGCACUACCUUUUCUUCUUCUGGCCAUUUUAUACUCAGCAAUUGUGCAUAAACUACGGCAUUUGGAUAUUCCAGGCUGCAAUUGCUCUCAACGGAGAAGAAGACAAGAAAGAAAYAGAACAAUCACCAUAAUGGCAAUGAUAUUCGUUGCAGCGUUCUUUUUGUGUUGGACACCAUUUUUCAUCUAUGCUUUCCUCCUUUGCUUCAAAUGGCACUUAGACAUGCCAUGUUCACAGAUAAACUUUAGAUUUACUGUUAUACUCAUCGCUCACUUAAACAGCGCUAUCAAUCCUUUCAUAUACUUUCUCUGUAGCAAAUCAUUCCGAAAAGGAGUCAGAAAUGUAAUUCCGCUUUGUUUAGAAAUAUGAAUUAUCUCGGAAAAGUUGUGUUAUUGCUUUUUGAUCACAUAAUUCAUCGCCUGCUUUCUUUAUUUUAUUAAAAGGGAUAAAUCUUA